AUCAGAAUGGUUCGCAAAAGGAAGACGUGGUCACUAAGCUCUGAUUCACACAUGUGAGAGAAAAGAAUUAUAGCAUGGUUUUAUUAGACAACGAUGGGGUAAGAUUUGCUCUUUUGAUAGUUUUGAAUGGUUAUGUCUGUCUUAAAUCUAUUAGGUAUAUCUUAAGAAUAUUUUUUCCUUUUUUAGUUCCUCACCCAGCUCACAUUACUUCUCCAAAAGACGAGAUCGUCGGGUGCAGUGAAUAUCACAAUGAAAAGAUGUAAGUUAGGGUUUCUGUUGGUUUUGUGCGGUAAUCAAGGUUUCCUUUUGGUGUAAAGAAGUUCCACUGCGUAUGAUGAUACUUAGUUUUGAAAAAGAUGCUGUAAAUGUAACUUAAUGAGUUAAGCCAAGCGUAGACUACCUAUCAAGUACUUAAAAGCUGUUUUCGUCUCCAUCCUGUAACGGAAUACUGUAUAAUAGCUACGUAAAACAUAUAUCAUUGGGAGAUAAACUGGCUUUGUAUUAUUUCCUUCACUAACUUUAAAGUUAGAACCACCUUUUACAACAGAAUAAACACUACCAUCAAAGAACUGCAUAAAGUUCAAAUGGCCUUGUACAGCACAAUGAAAAUGAUCGCAUGAAAUGACUUCACUUUAAUAGUAACACACAAAGGUAUGCCUACCCUGUACAGCGUAGUAAACAGUACCACACAAAGGUAUAGCACAGUAGCUUUUAUCUGAAAGGGCACAUUCAGCAUGUUAAAAAAAAACACAUCAAAGUACUGCUCAGUAGCUUCAAUCUGUAAUUUAAUGUUUUUAAGUCAAAAUAACUUCUCAAAAUAACUCCUUUUGAAGUUGACACAUUUAUUUAUUUAUUUACAUGUGUGCAUUUUGAAAAGACUUUGGACAAACUAAACCAAAACCGAAACCACGUGGAGGCAAAAAGCUUCAAAAGUUGACAGCAGUUGAACAAGAAGGAGAGAGUAGAUGUUUAUUUAGAGCAACAAAUGGAAAAAGGAAGCUCAGUACAGUAGUAAGCAGAGAAUCUUUAUUAAUUCUUUCACUCUCUAUACCAUGUGAAUGAGAUAGAGGCAGACAUUUUCCUGUUCAGCUCAUUAUAACAUAGUCAAUAUACAUCUUACUCUUCAUGUUUCUCUGUGAGUCUGUUGUUUUCUUACUAAACUCAUCCAGCUAGCAUCUUGCAGUGCUAUACAUUUUGUUUAGCCAUGCUCUCACCAUCAAGCAUGCCCAUCAGAUGUUUAUUUCUUUAACUUUUUCUUCAUAAAAGUGGGUGGGAGCCAUACAGAGCAUUCUACAAACUCUCCCUGGUAGAUACACCAGCCUAGUGGUUGGUUUAAAGCCAGGAAUUAUGAUAAAAAUUGUCUGGAUUAUUUUGUUGUGUACUUGGGUAUGAUAACACUGUUGGUAAAGUCCGUGCUCAAGCCAAGUGUCCCAACCAACAAGAGCUUAUCUGAGUUUCCUUAGCAUGAAGCAACUUGGAGUAUUACUACUCCCUCUUGGAUGGGUACCAGUCUAUUAUGGGCAUUUUGUCAGCUUUCCACAACAGGUCACUUGUGUCUAUUGAAAAUCCUGGGCAGAGAGAGUGAAGAGGGUGAAAGUAACUCCCAUGAGUGACUGAGACAGAAUUUCUCCUUACAAUAUCAAUACAAUAUCAACCAGAUAAGUGAUGAGAAUAAAGAACAAUAUCAAUUUGGGGAUCAUUAGUUGAUCCAAUAAAUUCUCUGAACUAACAUUAUAAGAAUUGUAUAGUUAACAGAAAGAGAAUUAUAAAUUUGAUCUGGAAGUUAAAGGGUUAAUCCUUUCAUACCCAAGAUCUCAUCAGUAAUUCUCCUUUCUGACUGCUAUACUGUAUCAUGAUUUUUGUUCAGAGAAUUUGUUACUGGAUCAACUGAUAAUCAUCUAAUUGAUAUUUUUCUUCAUUCUCAUUACUUGUCUGCUUGAACUGUAUGGAUAUUAUAGGGAGAAAUUCUGUCUUGAUCACUCAUGGGAGUUAAAGGGUUAUUAAUAUAUAUGCCACCUUAGACCAUGUCUAACUAAUGCAUUGUGUUGUAACUUCACAGGUAAAUUCAAAAGAUGUAAAUAGGUUUCAAAUGGUGAGUUGGAUAAAAUUUCAAACCAUAUGAUGUUCUUUUGUUCACAUGGAUCAUAGUAAAACCACUUCUGACAUAGCUAAUCAUUUGUGUUUCAUAUCACAUCAUAAUGUAAUUUUUUUUCCUUUGAAGGCAUAUGCGAAUGUGUUGAAAGCUAAUAUGGACAAUCUAAAGAAAAGAGACAAGAGGACAGAAAAAAGCAAAGCUAAAAAAUCCAAGGCAACUCAGUAACUAGCUAAUGUUCUAAUUAAUAUUAUUAUUAUUUCCAAUAGUUAAAACACUACACUAGUGGUUGAACCCUCAUGCUUUGAUUAACAAUUCCUCAGAGAAACUGCUGUACUAUACAUUGCUAUUUCGAUAACCGAAAUCUGAGGAAUUCCAUUUUAAUUUUUGUUAUUUGAGUUAAGUUGUUAUUUUAAGUUUGAAAUGUGGGUCAACUCUGCGUCUUCGAUGUUUCUUACAAGAUGAAUCCUUUAUCUAUAAGACUAAAUUACUUUGUAAGAAAGCUUCUGAUCUCAGUAUUCCAUGUAGUUGAGGAAUUGUACACAGAAUCCUUACACAUAGUAUAUUUUGUCCCUCAGGAAAUCUGAGGAAAUAAAUGAGGAAAUCACAAUUAAUUUAAUGAAUUUGGAGAAUGAGCAACUGUUUUUUUUGUCGUAUUGACUGGAGUGACAGUGAUAUCAACAACUUUUUCAUAAACAGCUGUCAAUGGUUUUAUAAGCAGCUGUGCCGUUAAGUGAUACCCAAACACAAGGGCUUGCUUGCUAGACUGAUGGCAGUAAGAGGUCUUGCAGGCAGCAGAAGACUGCCAGGAACUGGCUUUAAUUGAUACCUCUGAGUGACCCUAGGAAAAACUUUUUUACUAAAAUUCAUCAUUACCAGAAUUUUUUCAUGAUGAUUUAGAAGCUGGAAUAAUUUUUGGAAUGGUUCUUCUCGGAAGGAGUUGGAUCAAGGAGCAUAGCAGGAAACCAUUGUGGACAGAGUCGCAAAUCCCCUUUUAGAUCUGAUAUUUACCCUUCCUGUCACACUUUUCACCCUAUUCUGUCAUCCUGCUCUUUCAAAUUCAAGAUAUUGACAGCAAAUUCAUGUAACGAGUGCCUGGUCAAUCCCACAGUUCAGAUGUGUGUAUACUGUUGGUUUGUUUCUACUGUCUUGUUGGGUUGCCCUGACACAGCUGUAGCUGUAUGUACAGCUAAAAUUAAGAGACUUGCUGUACUACUUUUGACCAAUGUAACACUGAUCACAAAAAUCAAACAGCUUUGCACUGACAGAUAAACUCAGAACUUUAUUCUCAUAUUUAUAUCCUGCU